AAGGUCAUUUCGACAACAGCGCCAUUUUCAAAAGAAGUUGUUUUCGGUUUGCUGAAUGUUCACACGCAGAGCAUCAUGGAAUUCAAUGAUCAAGAAAAUCAACCACCUGUUCUUAAGGAGAGUGUCGCCCCUCCUCGUCAGCCCCUUCAUGAUGUCAUCAACUGUACUCAGUCUAACCUACCUCUUCCGUCAAGCAGGUGUAAAAUACCUGUCCCACACAAAAGCGUCAAACCAUCUGGAUUAAAACCGCCGUCAAGUCACUCAACAGGUCUGGUAUCAAAGAGAUCAAGCCAUAUAACUCACCAAAGAGACGAGAGAUCAAAGUUGUCCAGUCGAAAUUGUAACUGUGCUGACAAACUGAAACAAGAUGGCAAAGUAGUAAUAGAUCAUGAGGAGUAUGAAACUUUGAAACAUGAUGCGUAUGUGACUAAGAGGGGACUGCUGUUGAUGGAAAAACUAAAUGAGACAACAGCGGAGGAGUUGGUGGAGUCCAAAUCUAAGAGUGAAGGCCUAGAGGCAGAACUCCGAGUGAACAAAGAUGAGUUACAGUUAGUGGAGAACAGACUUCAAGUGGAAACGGAGAGGCUUGAAUCGCUGGUGGCCAGCCAGGAGAGCAUGAUUCAGAAGCAGAAAUCAGCGUUGGCGUACAAGACCAGUCAGUUAGAGCAACAAAAAAACACCAUCAUGACCCUGGAUUUCAAACUCGUUCAACUAGAGGGUAUGAAGGAUGCAAAGGAAUUUUUGGAGGCGGAGCAUUCUGCUCUUGCGGACGAGCAGGCAUCUCUGAGACAGGCCAAUGAGGCGACACAGCUGAGGCUGAGGACCUGUGAGGAGGAGCUGAGCUCAUGUCGUGAGCGUCUGGCAGAGAGCGAGGCACAGCGUGCCACACUGGAUGUCAGAGUACGUGAACUUAGCUAUCAACUGACGGAGAAGACAGCCGAGAUUGAAGCUCUCCAGACUGUGGGUCGUGGUGUACUGGAGGAUCAAGCUCAGAAGAUACAUGAGUGUGGUCAAACGGUCAACAAGCUGACCCACAAACUGACUGGUCUGCUGCGAACUCUUCUCUCUACCACUGGCAUGAAGGUGUCCGAGACGGUUGUAAAAGAUUUUGGCAAGAAGUCUGAUUAUCCCUGGAUGCAUUCAUUGGUGUCGUCGGUUCUGGAUGCCGUUGACCACAACAUGGAGAAUAGUUUGAGUAGUGUGAAAAAAGUGUGCGAUUCUGGCGAUUCGGAAACACAGACUGAAACCAGCUCUGAUGCUGACCAGAACGACGAAUCAGGCUCGGACAAUCCACAAGUCUAUCAGGCUAAAAGCCAAGUGUCAUGGUCCCUAGAAACUGAAAAUGUACACAGUCCCGUAACAAGCAGUCGAAUGUCACUUGGUAGUUCGUUUACAUCCAGUGCUUUUCAACCAGUGAGAGGGCUGAAAGACAGCAGACAAUCCAGUGUGAUAUCCGAGUCUGGGGACACCGAUUCCUCCAUACUUCCAGCGUCACCACAGUCUCUCACAAGUAAGGCCAGAGCUAGGCUGGGAAUUCCAGAGUUAGCGGAUACAGAGAAGCAGCCAGACUUAACAGAGGAAAGUGACCAUCUAUCAGCACUGGUCAGCGAAAUUGGCCGGAUUAACUAUGUCCUGGAGCAGGCCGCUCUCCUGUCUUUAGACGAUCUGAGGAAAGAGAAUGACUAUUUAAGAGAGGAGUUAGAGACUGUGGAUAGAAAGUCAAAGAUGAAGGACAAGGAAUUAGAGGGGUUGAGAGAUGAGGUUAAAAGGGUGAAGUGUCAGUUACGUGAACUGACCACAGAGAAGGAUGCUUUACUGCGCCAGCAGGAGGAGCUAGUGGCCAGACUAGAGAGCUGUGCCACACCUGUAACGUCUGUGACCUCACAGGCCUCAGCAGAGACCAGGCUGUGCAAAGAGAAGCUGCAUCUACAGAAAACUGUGUACAUCCUGCAGGAGAAGCUCAACCAGAAAUCAGAGGAGUUGGAUCAGCUAAAUGAGAAGGCGUCAAGGAGGAUGACCGUUCUGGCAGAGAACUGGGGCAAAGCUGAUGAGGAAGUCAAGGAGUUGGAUAAAAUGCUGGAGAAUGUGAGAUUGGUACUACACAAGAACAAACCUGUCUUUAAGAAUUCCACAUCUCUCAACAAACUCCUCAAAGAUCUUGAUGGGGUUGCAGAUGACAGCGUGAAGUCUUUAGUGAAACCUUUGGAAGCUGUGAAGACAUCGUCAUGGUGAUGAGGUUGACAUGGCAACAAGGCCUCGCAUAUUACCUCAACUCAACAAGAACCGAAUGAUUUUCAACAUGGUACAUUGUGUUGAUUCCUCCUAAAAGAAGACAAGAACCGAAUGAUUUUCAACAUGGUACAUUGUGUUGAUUCCUCCUGAAAGAAGACAAGAACCGAAUGAUUUUCAACAUGGUACAUUGUGUUGAUUCCUCCUAAAAGAAGACAAGAACCGAAUGAUUUUCAACAUGGUACAUUGUGUUGAUUCCUCCUAAAAGAAGACAAGAACCGAAUGAUUUUCAACAUCGUAAACUGCGUGGAUUCCUCCUAAAAGAAGACAAGAACCGAAUGAUUUUCAACAUCGUAACCUGCGUGGAUUCCUCGUAGAAAAGACAACAACGGAAUGAUUUACAUCUUUGUAACAUCGUUGUUAGGACAACUUGGUGACAGUAACGGGAAGACUCCUCAUCUGUCAAUUUGUGUCCCAUAUUGAAUUUCUAAUCUUUACCAGCAGCAUUGAUGUUUUAUUUUUCAUUUUAUAAAUUCCUAAUUAAUAGCUUAAUAUUAAUUUUAUUGAAAACUUUUCUAUAUUUAAAACAUUGCCAUUGUUUUGUGUUUUGAUAAGUGUGUUAAAUAUUUGUAAGAAUUGUCACAUUUUUAAUAGAUGCAUGCAGAAUUAAAUAGUUUUGCUUAAAAAGAGGGAAAAAAGAGAAGAAAUUUUAGUACUGAACCUAACAGUGUUUUAAACAAGUUUUAACUAAUCAGGACACAAAAGGUUUUCACAAAUAUUAUCAUGUCACAUGAACCUUGUAUGUACUUAAAAAAAAAAACCACUUCCAUUACACAUGUAGGAUGUGAUACUACGAGGUGUAACAAGUUUUAGACUUUAUUAACAUCUUGGUUACAAACCGUCAACGAAAGUUAUUUAAUAUUCGCCAUGCAAUUUCAGUAAACAUGCAUUAGUGAUUGUUUAUUUAUGAAAUAAGUGGUAUAAAACAGAAUCUGAAGCUUGUUUUCAUUUUUACAACAUUAACAUGGUUUGGAGUUUCAUAAAAUUUUGUCAAGAAUAUUAUAAAGCAUGUGCUGUUUCAGUGCAAAUUUCUUUGCCAAACAUUUUUUUUUUUUUUGUCGAGUUUGAUUGAUCUCUAAUCCAUUUUGGCACAGAAUAUAAUACCCCGCCGCCAUAAGGACAACAUCGGCAGACCCUUGUCUUUAAGGAUGUUAGUUUCUGUAUGUGAGCUAGUUACACACUGAAAUCCCCUCUGUAAACAUGUGGGGGGGGGGGCUCCGUGCCCAAGUAGGUAGUACGCCAUACAGUGCGGCAACAUGACCCACGAGCCUCUCACCAGUGCGGUCACUGAGAGUUUAAGUCCAGCUCUUGCCAUAUGUGGGAAGGUUUACCAGUAAUGUGCGAAUGAUUGUGGGUUCUCCUGGGGUUUCCACCUGUCAUAAUGCUGGCAGCCGUCGGUAUAAGUGAAAUAUUCUUGAGUACGGCGUAAAAUACCAAUCAAUCAAAUCAAUCAGUCCAAACAUUGAGGUCACUGGUUCAAAUCCAGCUGUGGUAAUCAGAUUGCAGCUUUCGUCAGAAUUUCACAAGGUACAUGUACAUGUAGCGUGUAGGAAUUUUUUACCCAAACCUGUUACAUUAUUGUUAAAAACAUGAAAUACCUGUGGAUUCUGUAACUGAGCAUGUGAGCAUGGAUUGAAAUUAACCCAUUGUGGCAACAUUACCCAAUUGAAGAGAACAUUCAUCAGCUUUGUGAAGGUUGUGUUUUUGAGCAUUAUAUCAUUGUACAAUUGGUAUUAAAUAACAGGAAAUAGUCCUCUGUAUGCUUUGUACAUGUCACACGAGGCUGAAUUGUGUGUGAAUCUGGAUGACGGAAUAAACACUCUGUCCUCUC